GGCAACCGAUUUGGGAUGGACUUGUUGGAGAGUUGGCUAGGGUUCCUUUUGUGGUUUAUUUCAUGGAUAUCCUUCCUCAGUUCUGUACGUUGAGCUUAGGGCGUCGUCUUGGUAAUCACUUGGAUGGAGGGCUUGAGAACCGCCAAUUGGGAAUUUAUGCUGAUCAUCCUGGGCAGUCAGAUCCCUUCAUUAAGGCGCGUGUUUUCAUUGAUGCUGAGGCUCCGCUCCGGUCCAGGCUAUUUGCACAAAAUGACAAUCGCGGAGGGUUCUGGACCCGGCUGGAUUAUGAGUACUUUCCAUUGUUUUGUUUCAAUUGUGGUCGACUCGGUCAUGGGAAUGCUACCUGUUCUUUGCCUCCACCUCCACCGGGUUCGGAGAUUUACAGCAGUUCGAUGUCGGUCCACCCUCAUGGUAUUCUGCUUGAUGAGGUAACCUUUCUGCCGGUUGGUCAUCUCGCAGUACCACGUCGCGGGCGUGGUCGUGGUCGCUUCACUUGGGUUCAUCCUCGGAACCGUGGGGGAUAUGCUUCUCACAAUCGCCCUGUUCAGGAAGAGCAACCAGUAGAUGUCGAUCCUUGGCAGCAUCAGGCAGUCUUGGCAUUAACGGCUGGGGAGCCAGCAGGUAUGACUUUGGUGCCUCCGCCAACUGCUUUUGGUGGGUCUCGUCGAACUGGAAGAGGUCAGAUUCCUGUCCAGCGACACCCUCAUGUGGUGUUACCGCCCAUUCGUAUUUCAGAGGUAUCUUCAGCUCCCUCUCGUUCACUGAUUUAUGAUGCCGCUAAAGGGAAAGGCAAGGCUACGGUUCAAGAGGCGGAGACAGAUGACAAGGACUUUCCGCUGGGAGAGACCUCGGCUGCCCCUCCUCGGCCUGGGUUCCGUAUGUUCUUGUCUGAUGCAGAGAUGGAGAUUGAUUGUUCCAAGCGGACUGCGUCGAAAAGGGAGGCAGAGGAGCAAGGUGCUAGUGGUGUGGUGGAUGAUCUAGAGUUCCAACCUGCAGCGAAGAGACAUCAUGGGGAGGAGGAGGAAGGUUCAGGUGACAUUCUAGGAACUGUGGAGGCAGCCAGCAGUGAAUGGCCCCACCCUGCUGAAUGAGAUGUUUAGCUUGGAAUUGUCGAGGCUUAGGUCCGGCCUUGACGGUUCAAGCCUUAGAAGGACUGGUUCGUGUGCAUAAUCCUUGUGUCUUAUUUCUAUCUGAAACUCGUAAUGAUCGUAGCUAUGUUCGUGAUAUUAUUAUGUCUCUUGGUUAUGUUGAUUGUCGGAUUGUGGAUCCUUUAGGAACUUCAGGGGGCCUUGUUGCUGCUUGGAGUUCUGAUGUGUCUAUUACUUUCUUAUGUAAAGACUCUUUCUAUAUUUCUUUGCAAUUAAGUAUGGAUGGAGUG